AUGCUAACUAUCAACAAACUUUUAUUCCUGUACCUAACAAGCCUUUUGAUAGCAUCAGUAUUGGCUAUACCGCUAUACAAGAAUGAUGCAAACCCAGAGCGAGCUACGGGUAAAGCAACGAGUAAAAGAGCUGCUCAAGACUACUCACCUCAUGAAGCUCGGGAACAAAAUGAAACGAAAGAAACGACCAUAUCGGCUAUGCCAAAAUCUUCGAAGAACAAUUCAGCCAUAGCAUUUACGUUUUCUAGAUUGGAUUCCUGCUCUAUGCCACCCGUAGAUGUCCAACGAAUUUGUAAAAUUACGCAUCCAAUUCCUACCUUGGUCUACAAAUACAACCGCUACUUUAUCAACAAAAUCACUGCUCAUCUCAACAUGAAUGAAUUUGAGAGCUUUGAUUCGUUGUCUUACUGUAACGCUCAUAUCUUGGAAUUGCUAUGCCAUGCCUAUUUUCCAAAGUGCGAUGCAGCUAGUCAGACUGUUGAAUACUUUGUAUCCGAACCUACAUGCGUUAAUGUCUUAAAUGAAUGUGGUGGACCAGUCUAUCAAGAUAGAUCAGAUCAAUUUUGUCAACAACUCAAGCAAGGCCGCCACAGUCUCCAUUCUUGCACUCUUCCAAAAAGGACAAACAUCGGGACAUGUACUACAGUCAAUUAUGGCAGAUCGAUUCCUUCCUGGUUUGAAAGUUCACUCCAAAUGGCAGAUAACUCGGCACAAACUAUAUUUCAUCUUCUUAAAUAUAUUAUUCCAUCAUCACAACCCGGCAAUACCUGUGAAAGCAAAAUUAUUGACUUUAUAUGCGAUGGAGCACUUUUCUGUUCAAACGAUAAUCGCAGCGCGCUAACAGUAUCGUCCAAGCAAAAAUGCCGAGAUGUUAUUAAAUGUGGCAGUUAUUAUCAACAAUUGAUGCUAAAGUCUAUUUGCGAUUCCUACUUGGACGAAAAUGAAGUUGAAUCAUUACCAAUAUAA